AUGUCGCAUGCACGCAUUGAAGAAGUGUCCGACUCGGACCCGGACAUCGACGACCCCACCGACUUCCUCCCCCAGUCGGACGAGCAGAUCAUUCGGCCAGCGGCCGCCGCAAGCCAGACACGGUCGUCGUCGUCACUAGCAUCCAUACCGACCCCUCCCUCUUCGACAUCAGGGACGAAUCCCACGCUAUUCAGACCACCCCCUCCGACCACCGCAGCGACAACACCUCCGCAACAAAUCCGCCAACAGACCCGCGAAGAAGUCAAGCGCUUCCAGUCCCUCUACCCGGUCUACUUUGACAGCACGCGGUCCAAAUCGCAGGGCCGACGGGUCUCGAAGUCGCUCGCGAUCCCGAACCCGCUGGCCUGGCAGGUCCUGUGCGCGGUCCGCUUCGCGGUCGGGGAGAACGUGUUCAAGAUGGCGUUUGAGCCCGAGAAGACGCACCCCAAGGACUGGGCGAAUCCCGGGCGCGUGAAAUUGCUCCUGAAAGAUCCCGAGACGCAUGCGCCCUUGCACGGACAGAUAAGAAGUAAGGCGCAUCUGUAUACUGUGAUUGGAAAGUGGCUCAAGGAUCAUCCUACGACGAAGGAGUCGCCGCUCGAGUUGAGAUUGCCGGGCUUGCCUAUCCCCGAGAAGUUUGUGGAGAGUGAGGUCAGCGUGCCUAGAGGGUGGAAGAUGGGGUCCAUAUUACCGGUGCAUUCCUCGGCCGUUAGUGGCGGCGGGGUCAGGGACGAUUUCUUCAAGGAGGCCAUGGAGGAGCUCAGGCACGCACAGAGUCAGGGCCAGUUGCCUGCUGGGGCGCCCGGUGGGCCGGGAGGGGGUGGCAUGCCGGAUAUGGCUGCGCUGCAGAGCAUGAUGAACGGGAUGGGCGGGAUGGGCGGUCUUGGUGGUCUCAUGGGCGGCGGUGGUGCAGGAGGGGGAGGAGGGGGAGGGGGAGAGUCGAGCGGCAAGAAAAAGAAGGAGAAGAAAAGGGGCUGA